GCUCGGCCUCUGCAAGUUCGGCAGUGCGCACACUUGACGUCACCCUGCCAGCAUUGCAAUGGCAGCAAUGCACCCGGCCAGCUAUGUAUAACAUUAAUGUAGCUAGCUGAUGCAGCUGCUCUAGCUUGUUCUUUCAGGGCGUUGCUUCAGAGUGGUGUCGAUCAGAGCUGCUUAGUUAUCGACCAGGCCAGGCAAAAUGCUUCGCCUUCCUCUCCUGCGCGGUGCUGCCCGCCAGCUUCAUGUCCAGCAGCUGCGGUUGGCUUCAACCGCGGCAGCUACUCAGUUUGGCAGGCCGGAUCCAAGCGAGCGUGCAUCCAAUGCUGCGGCGGGAGCUGCUGAUCAGGGAGGAUCCUGGGGCACAAGGUUUGCCACCAUUGGAGCAUUGGCUGCCGGGGCUGCCGCAAUCUCAUCCACUGUGCAACUCACAAGCACCGCAGCCUGUGAGAAACCGGUUGGUGAGGAUGCAGCAGAGAAAGUUGCCCUCAAUGGCAAGGACUUUCAAUCUUUCAAGCUGAAGGAGCGGCGGCAGAUCAGUCCUGACACCAAGCUGUACAGGUUCGAGCUCCCCGAAGACACGAAAAUUGGGCUAUCCAUCGCUUCAUGCCUGAUAUCAAGGGCUCAGCUCAAGGGAGAAGAUGGGAAGGAGAAGACCGUCAUUCGACCGUACACACCAGUGUCAGAUCCGGACGUCAAGGGCUACUUCGACCUGGUCGUCAAGGUGUAUCCCACGGGCAACAUGAGCCGCCACAUCGACAGUCUGAAGCCCGGGGACUCUCUCGAAAUCAAGGGGCCUAUCCCUAAGCUCCCCAUCAAGGAGAACAUGAAGAAGUCGAUUGGCUUGGUAGCUGGCGGCACGGGGAUCACGCCCAUGCUUCAGGUCAUCCAGCAGAUCCUCAAGAACCCGAAUGACAAAACGCAGAUCUCCUUGAUAUACGCCAACAACACAGAGGAGGACAUCCUGCUAAAAGACCAACUGGACCAAUAUGCGAAGGAGCACCCCAACUUUAAGGUCUUUUACGUGGUGGGAAAGCCGAAGCACAAGGCCUCGUGGGAGGGCGGCGUCGGCUUCGUCUCGAAAGAGCAGGUUCAGAAGUACUUGCCGGGACCGUCGGACGACAGUCUAAUCAUGGUGUGCGGGCCCCCCGGAUUUAUGAAGCACAUUUCGGGCGACAAGAAGAGCCCAAAAGAUCAAGGGGAGGUUGAGGGACUGCUCCAGGAUCUCGGUUUUAAGAAAGAACAAGUCUUCAAGUUUUAGGAAAGGGUGUUUUAACAUAAGAAUCAAAGCGGACCUGGCAAGCCCAAAUUGUAUCACUUAAGCACGCGUUGAGGAUUAAUUGAUCUGGAUGGGUGAUGUAACUAGCUUCUUAAAAAAGACUCAGAACGUCAAAUUGAUAGAUGUUCCUCAUUCUUUAUUGACUACAUUCUGACGAAACCAACUUACUUAAGUUCGUUGGAAGGGGCCACACGGCAAUUGAC